AAGUAUCAUAACUAUCAGCGGUGUCUUUUGUUUUCUUGUUUUCCAUUUUCUUUGAAAAAUAAAAAUAAAAAGUUUUGCUUUUAUAAUAAGGUUUGAAACACCAAAUAUGGUCCGUAUUCAUCUUCAACCCAAUCCCUUAUAGGCCAUUGCUGUCCUCAAUCUCCCUGGAAAGCUCCGUUUUUCCUUGAGAAAUGGCUCUUGGAGGAGGAAGAAGAAGAAGAAGUCACCUCCUCACCCUUCCGUUGCUUAUUCUAUCGAUAAUGUUCUUGGUCGAUACGGCGAGGAGCCGGAAGCCAAUCAAUAAGGAGUUCGGGGUGCCAUUCAACGAGUUGUACUAUGACAUUUUUAGUGUGGAAUCUCCGGCAAUGAUCAGCAACGACGCCCUUCAGAUAACCCCAGACUCUUGGGGGAACUUCCGUCUCGCGAACAGGUCCGGGAGGGUCUUGUUCAAUCACCGGUUUAAGCUCUGGGACAGAGCCAAAGUCGCGUCGUUCAAUACUUCCUUUGUUAUCAACAUCUUCCGGGUGAACGACUCUCUUCCCGGAGAGGGACUGGCGUUCAUUAUCGCGCCCAAUCUCGAGGUUCCGCUGCAAAGUUCGGGGCAGUACAUGGGUUUGACCAACUUGACCACCGAUGGAAAUGCCACCAAUCACCUAAUCGCUGUCGAAUUCGAUACCUUCAAGCAAGACUUUGAUCCAGACGCGAACCACAUCGGCCUUGACAUCAACAGUGUCCGCUCCAACCAGACCAAGUCCCUGUCCAACUUCGACCUCCAUUUGGCCCCAAAAGGCACGACGUUCUUCCACGUUUGGGUCCAGUACAACGGGAUGAAGAAGCACCUUGAUGUCUACAUGGUGGACGAGAACACCUCCACCCCGACCAAGCCCAUGCCGAGUGAGCCAGUGAUGUCUGCAGAUCUGGACAUAAGCCAAGUGGUGAAGGAUGAAUCCUACUUCGGAUUUGCAGCCUCGACCGGGACCUAUGUCGAGCUAAACUGCGUCCUAGCAUGGAAUCUAACAGUAGAAAAUCUCAGCAAGGACAGUAAACUCGGGAUAAUCCUGGCGCUGGGCAUCGGGUUGCCUGCAGCCUUGGUGAUACUGGGAGUCGGGUGGUGGAGCGUGGCCAUGCACCGGAGGCGGGUUGCCACCAAUGACCCCAACAUAUUGGGGGCCCUGAAGAGCCUUCCCGGGACUCCGAGGGAGUUCAGCUUUAAGGAGUUGAAGAAGGCGACGAACAACUUUGAUGACGAGCAAAGGCUUGGGGAAGGCGGCUUCGGUGUGGUCUACAGAGGCACGCUGCCGCCUAAGGAGAACAACUUGGAGAUUGCUGUGAAGAAGUUCAACAGGGACAAGAUCAAGAGCAAGGAUGAUUUCCUAGCAGAACUCACCAUCAUCAACCGGCUCCGGCACAAGCACCUCGUCCAAUUGCUCGGUUGGAUCCGUGAGCUUAUUGAAGUUGAGCUGGCAAAGGAGACUUUUUGGAAAAUGCUCUUUCAUUUGAAAAGGAUUUGUGGCGAGUGGCCCCAACCCUUCAAAGAUCCGGGCCUCCAGCAACCUCGCCAUGGGUCAGGGUGGUCUGAAGCGAGCAGGAUUCCCGACCCUGCUCUCUUCAGUGUCCCGAUCGGAUGGUGCCACAAAAACGGGAUGUUGUUGUUGGUGUACCAUUACAUGCCCAAAGGGAGCCUCGACGCCCAUAUCUUCUGCCCGCCGGAGAAGGCGACUCUGGGUUGGAACCUUAGGUAUAAGAUCUUAAAUGAUGUCUCAUUGGCCCUCCACUACCUUCACAACGAGUAUGACCAGAAAGUCCUCCACCGCGACCUCAAGGCCAGUAAUAUCAUGCUCGACGAUGAAUUCAAUGCCCGGCUUGGUGAUUUUGGCCUUGCCCGUGCAAUUGACAAUGGGAAGACAUCUUAUGCCGAGCUUGAUGGUGUACCUGGCACAUUCGGAUACAUUGCCCCCGAGUGCCUCCACACUGGCAAGGCCUCAAGAGAAUCAGACGUCUACGGCUUCGGGGCAGUGAUUCUGGAGGUAAUUUGCGGCCAAAGGCCUUGGACCAAGAUCGGUGAUUUCCAGCUCCUAGUGGACUGGGUCUGGUACCUUCAUCGUGACGGGCGAUUGCUGGAGGCAGUGGACGGGCGGCUGGGCGGUGAUUAUGUUGCUGAGGAGGCACAAAGGCUUUUGUUCCUUGGCCUAGCCUGCUCCCACCCAAUUGCUAGCGAGAGGCCCAAGACUCAAGCGAUCGUUCAAAUCCUGUCCGGCUCGGUGCCGCCGCCACAGGUCUCGCCAUUCAAGCCUCCAUUCGUGUGGCCGUCAAUGGGCCCGCUGAACAUCGACGGGGACACCACCGACACGACCCCGAUCACGUCAUCGGCAUUUGGGUCGGGUUGGACGCAGCGAGAGAGCUUCGCCGGGUACAGUGACAGCUCCUUCGCGUGAACCGCGCCGCAAGGAAUUAUAAGCUUCCUCCUAGGGAAUAUAAUUGAAAUUUCGAAAAUGUAAAAUAAUUAAUUAAUUUCUCACUCUUUUUUUAUUUUAUUUAUUUUUUUAUUUCUGGUUGUCCUUUCCUUUUUUGGUUUGCUAAUUUUCCUAGUCUAUUUUGGGCAGCGGCAGGCAACCAAGGAUUGUUUGUACAAUCAGCCUCAUUUUUGUUUAUUUCUUUCCUUUCUUUUCGUUUUUCUCUUUAAUAUUUGGAUUUUUUCGGUUUAUUUUAGAUUUUGCAUGAGGAGAUGUACAAGAAAUAUUGUACAGUCAAAUAAUUCAUAAAUAAUCAUUAAGUAUUGUC